UUGAUGGUUGUUUCAGAGAAUGCAUGGUCUUUAAAAUUUGCCUUAAAGUCCUGGAAAAGUCCUGGAAAGUUAUUGGUGACAAUGAGCAGGCUAUGAGCCCUGAUGAUGUCCUGCAGACUCAUGGCGACCGCAGACGCGGAGGCGGGAGGAGCGGAGGAGGCGGGCUCGCGGCUUGAGGAGUCGGCGAGGAGGUCCGGGUCCGAGGAGUCCGGGAGGAGCUCGUGGGAGUCGGAGCUGACGUCCAUCCAGCACCGCCUGCGGUUUGUGUUGACGCUGAAGGAGGAGUUUGUUUGUCCCCUCUGCAGAGGAGUCGUGCUGAACCCUCAGCAGAGCUCCUGCGGUCACAUCUACUGCCGGCUGUGCCUCCGCCGGCUGCUGGAGACUUCAUCGCCGUCCAGCCCGGUUUGCCCAGUGGACGGAGCCGUGAUCACGCCAGCUGAGGUUUUCCAGGACAACUGCUGCAAACGGGAAAUCUCCAGUUUACAGGUGUACUGCCCCAACUCCCAAGCAUGCACCGCCGUCGUCGCGUUACGCCACCUGCAGGAGCACCGCAGGUCGUGUCAGUACGAGCAGCUGCAGUGCUGCAAUCCAGGCUGCAGGGCGGCGCUACAGAGGAGACACCUGCAGGAGCACCUGACCAACACCUGUCCUCACCGGACGGAGCCCUGCCCACACUGCCAGCAGCCGCAGACGCUCAGCCUCCUGCAGGAUCAUGUCCAGAGCUCCUGUCCACAGGUGGAGGUGGACUGUCCCCACAGCUGCUCCCUGAAGAUGCCCCGACACAAGCUGACUGAGCACAGAGAGACGUGUCCCGAGAUCCUCGUCCACUGCUCCUACAGGAAGUUCGGCUGCUCCGUGCAGGACAAGAGAGGGAGAGUGAAGCUGCAUGAAGACGCCGCCGUCAGUCAUCACAUGCUGCUGGUGCUGAGGAGCAACACUCACCUGGAGCAACAGGUUGAGGCUCUCCAGGAGGAGGCGCUGCUGAGGCAGCAGGAGGUGCAGACGGACAGUUUGCUUCUCGCUGGUCUGCACAAGAAAAUCAGACCACUGCUGCAACACAGCGGCAGCCAUGAAGAGCUCGUCUCUGCAGCUCAGAGGACGCUGAGCAGGCAGGAGGACAGCUUGUCCACCGUCCAGCUGGACGUCCUGCAGGUGUCUGGAGGACUCAGUCCUCUUGUGGAGGAGCUGGAGCAGCUCAGAAAGUCUUUGGAUGCUGUGAUCCAGGAGGUGUCUGCAGCCGAGGCCCUCAGAGAAGAGCUGGGAGCUCUGGAGGAGAAUCUGAAGUGUCACUCGGAUCUCCUGGACCUCCACGCCGCUCAGCUCCGUCACAACAAGCAGCACCUGCAGGAACUUGAGGCCACGUCCUACGACGGCAAACUGAUCUGGAAGAUCGAGGACUUCAGGAACCGGAGGGAAACAGAGGUCAAAGGUCAGCCACCCUGCCUGAGCAGCGUGCCUUUCCACACAGGACGCUGCGGCUACAAAAUGGCCGCCAAGGUCUAUUUGAACGGAGACGGGGAGGGACGAGGGACACACCUGUCCCUUUAUGUUGUCCUGCUGCCGGGAGACUUCGAUGCUCUGCUGCCGUGGCCUUUCAGACAGACCGUGUCUCUGUCGGUCCUGGAUCAGAGUGGCACCGCCAACCACCGCAGUCUCAGCUUCAGACCCGACCCGACGUCCAAAAGCUUCCAGCGACCCGCCGCCGAGUCCGCCGGCAACGUCGCUGUUGGAUUUUCGUGCUUCAUUACCCUCAACGAGCUGGAAACUCCUCAAAACGCUGCGUACGUCAAAGACGACACACUGUUUGUCAAAGUGAAGGUGGACAUGUCGGGUUUUGAGCAGCUGUGAACCUCGACAGCCGGCUGCUGAUUCUGCUGUGGCGCCACCUGGUGGUCAGUUCAGGAAAGAUCUAUAAAUAUGCCAUCAGACUAGUUUGGAAGAAACAAAAAAUCUGUACACUGUAACUUCAAAGCAGGGAUGCUCAACCUGAACUGCGUGGGGCCCACUUUUGCAAAACGACUGGAGGCCAGGGGCCCCAUACACAUUUCUAGGAUUUUAGGACACAUAUAAGAUUUUAGGAUGUUUCUAGG